AUGGGUGGUCUUAGGACUUUCAUCCUUGCCAUUGCAUCUCUUGUAAGUUCGCAGCUUAUCUUGUCAUUGUCUAAACUCAUAUGUGCCAGCUACAACUCUGCGGUAUUUGGUUCAAUCUCAUCGAACGACUAUAUGGUGUUUUCUGUCGACGAAGCCUUCGUGAAUGACAAAACUUGCACGAAUUGUUUUAAUGAAGUCAAGCAAGAAAAGUCCACCAUGGCUAGAUUUACCGAUGGAACACUGAGGAGCACGGAAAGUCUCUAUGGGUCUGGCGAAGUGAUUGGAUCUACACUCGAGAGCCUCUGGAGCAAAGCACGCAGUGGCAAACUUGACAGACUCGAGCCUGCCACAUGCAUCGACGAAUAUGCCACCAGCAUACAGUCCAACCGAAAGAAUUUACUCAUUGUAUCCGGCGGUAAUGGCGGUAAUGAGCCUCGCUCGCAAUACAAUUUCAUCAAUGGAUCUUACGUCUAUUGGGCUGACCAGUUCGAUGUCUGUGCUGCGGCGGAUCUUGAAUUCAGCCGUGCAUUCCAGUGGAUAUGCUCAGGCUCGGACGAUCCAAACACGGAGUGUUCUUCCGUAGUUGACCGAAUGAGGAACCAGCCAUCGUGGCAAGUUGGAUGGCGAUGCGACGGAAAUGGUGUCUGCGACUUCUUACGCUCGCCGGUGAAAUACUGUCUCAGUGAGUCGGCUCAACCGCACUGUAAGCUUCAUUUUGAACCGACCAUUGCAACAAUCAUCACUGUGCUCAAUCUUGGUAAGUUCAGGUCAUGCUCUACACCCUAG